ACUAAAAUCAAGAAAUUUCAUUUUCACAUAUCAACGAAAGCAAUAAUUCCCUGUUAAGCUUAUUCUUCUCCUUCUCCCUAGCUAGCUUUUGCCUUUUAUUAUUUUAUCUUUCAAUUAAAAGAAAUAAUAUAAGUAAUAUUAAUGGAUGAAAUUCAUGAAUACCAGAAGCUCCAGUCAUAUGGUUAUGGUGAUCAUUAUUCAAUUGUUGCAAAGUCUAACAAUAAUUAUAAAAGUACCAAUAUUUGUUGAGAAGGACUUUGCAGGUUGUUGUAUCAGUCACUAUUUUGUCUUUUUUCUAUUGUUACUCCCAUGGCGUUUCUUUCUUCCCUCAUUCAUUCAGUGUCUACUUCUCAACUUUCCUUUUCUCAUUGUUCACUCGCACACUUGAAAGAAAGUACAUGUUCCUUAUUUGUAACGGAAUCCUUGUUUUUCUCGCCAAAACCUCUGUUUCAUCAGGCGAUUACAUCUCCUCUUGUUUAGACCAAACCACAAUUAAUUCAGCAAAAACAGCAACAGCAGCAGCAGCAACAGCCGUUGUCGUUGAAGAACAUCAAGUACUGGAGUCUAAUUCAGCUGAUCAUGAUGUCGUUUUUGAGGAAGAAGCGACAGAUCAAGAUGAACAAGCUCAACAACAAGAAGCUGAUCUUGAACAAGUGAAAAAAUGUGCUGAUCAGGAUGAUAAUAAUGAUGGUGGUGAUGAUCUGAGUCUUAUCAUGAAUAGUACUUCUACUACAUUAUUUGAUGAUGAGAAUGAAAACGACAAUGGUGAUGAUGGUGGCAGCGACUACAUUUUGAGUAAGCAAGAAGCGAGUAAAUACGAUGAAGAGUUGAUAAGUACUGAUGAACUCAACAAAAAGAUUGAAGAGUUCAUUAGGAAAAUGAAGGAGGAAAUCAGGGUCGAAGCUCAGCAACAACAACAGCAACAACUAAUAGCCGUUUAAUUAUUCAUAAUAAGGUUAUUUACAAAUUUAAUUUUACUAAUAAUUAUUUAUAUUGUAUCUUUGCAUGCAUGUAUGCACUAGAUUGAUCAGUAUACGUGUUCUUAAGUCUUUUGAAUUUAAUUAUAGCUAGUGUCUUUUUCUACUUCUUCUUCAGAAGUACUUCUUUUUAGAUUAGUGCUUUUGAGGAUGUUUCAAUGAUCAACAUCAUUUAUUACGUACCAAUAUGUUAAAUCAAUUUCUUAGUUGUGUUUUAAACCAAAUUCCAUAUAGUUCUCAUAUUUCAAGAUUUUGAUGUAAUUAAGAAGUUUAAUUAUGAUUUAUUAUUUAUUUAAUGUGUGACGGGAGUUUUGUAGAAAGAACUAGAAAAGGCAAGACUCGUCUACGUAAAAAAUAGGGACAUAAAAUUUACAGCAAUAAUAAUAAGCCGUACAAAUACAAAAGAAUAAGAUAUAUCUAUCAAUUAAUAAUUUGGGUUGUGUGAGGAGGAAGCGUGAUUAUAUAAUUAAUCAAUCUAUAUUAUAAUAAUAAGGAAUUUUUUUUUUUUUUUGAAAGAAACUUAGUUCUAAUAAUAAGGAAAUUAGUAGAGUAGUUGAAGUAAAUA